CGAGCUCGGAGCGGCGCGCACUCUCGGCCGGCUUCGGUGACGCCAUGCCGCGCGACCGCGGCGGAGACGAAGGCGCUUCCGGCGGCGUGCGCCUCGAAGCUCGCGCCACGGAGGAUGUUGAAAGGGGCGGCGGGGUCGCACGGCGCCCGGUUGCUGACGGACGGCGGGGAGAGCGCGGUGCCCGCCUCAGCCUGCUCGGCAAACCGCUAGUGUACGGCGCGCAAAGCGGCCGCAGGAACGCGCGGUACCGCCGCCUGCAGAACUGCCUUUACAACGUGCUCGAGCGACCCCGGGCCUGGGCAUUCGUCUAUCACGCGCUUGUGUUUGUGUUGGUGUUCGGCUGUUUGGUCCUGUCCGUCUUCUCAACCAUUCCAGAGCAUCAAGAAAUGUUAUCACGUGCUCUGUUUAUACUGGAGUUUGUGAUGAUUAUCGUGUUUGGGAUGGAGUACCUGGUGAGGCUCUGGUCCGCAGGCUGUUGCUGCCGGUACCGAGGAUGGCAGGGGCGGCUGAGAUUCGCUCGAAAGCCAUUCUGCAUUAUAGACAUCAUCGUGCUGAUCGCGUCGGUCGCCGUGGUUUCGGCCGGUAGCCAGGGCAACAUCUUUGCCGCGUCGGCACUGAGGAGCAUGCGCUUCCUGCAGAUCUUGCGCAUGGUGCGCAUGGACCGACGCGGAGGCACCUGGAAGCUUCUGGGCUCUGUAGUUUAUGCACACAGCAAGGAACUUGUGACCGCCUGGUACAUCGGCUUUCUGGUACUGAUCUUCGCCUCCUUCCUCGUCUACCUUGUAGAAAAAGACUUGAAUAAGGAGUUUUCUACAUAUGCUGAUGCACUCUGGUGGGGCACGAUUACUCUGACCACUAUAGGCUACGGAGACAAGACUCCCAAGACGUGGACGGGCCGCUUGCUCUCCUCCGGGUUUGCUCUCCUCGGCAUCUCCUUCUUCGCUCUGCCUGCGGGGAUCCUGGGUUCUGGUUUCGCUCUAAAAGUCCAGGAGCAGCAUAGACAGAAGCACUUUGAGAAGAGAAGGAAUCCAGCAGCUUGCCUCAUCCAGUGUGUUUGGCGUAGCUAUGCGGCUGAUGAGAACUCGGUUUCCAUUGCUACCUGGAAGCCACAUUUAAAAGCGUUGCAUACCUGCAGUCCUACAAAGAAGGAUCAAGCAGAGACUUCGACAAAUCAGAAGCUGAGCUUUAAAGACCGUGUAAGGAUGGCCAGUCCUCGUGGUCAGAGCAUCAAGAGCAGACAGACGUCCAUCACGGACCGGCGUUCCCCAGGCUCCGAGAUUAACGCAGACGGCUCCAGUCCAGUCAAAGUGCAGAAGAGCUGGAGCUUCAACGACCGCACUCGUUUCAGACCAUCUCUCCGUCUCAAGAGCCAGUCCCGCUCUACCACCGACGGUGAGGCUAAUAUGGUACCGGAGGAGAGCAUCGAUGAGAAAGGCUGUCACUGUGAGUUCUCUGCUGAAGACUUGUUACCAGCAGUGAAGAGCGUGAUCCGAGCAGUCCGGAUCAUGAAGUUCCUCGUGGCAAAGAAGAAGUUUAAGGAGACGCUGCGUCCUUAUGAUGUCAAGGACGUGAUCGAGCAAUAUUCAGCAGGACACCUGGACAUGCUGUGUCGGAUUAAAAGUUUACAGACGAGGGUGGAUCAGAUCCUGGGGAAAGGGCAGGUCCCUAUAGAUAAGAAGCUGAAGGAGAAGAUGCUGUCUGAUGGAGAUCUGCUGGAGGACGUCAGCAUGUUGGGGAGGGUGUGUAAAGUCGAGAGGCAGGUCCAGUCUAUUGAAUCAAAGUUGGACUCGUUGCUGGAUGUCUACCGACAGGUCCUGCAGAAAGGCACGUCCUCCGCUCUCAGUCUGUCCUCUUUGCCUCUGUUCGAGCUGGCCCAAUCGACAGACUACCCAAGUCCAGUCUUUACCAAGGAUCUCUCCUCUCCCUCGCAAUUCAGCCAAGUGAGUAGCUCCAACUUCCCCCGGGGCUUCCAUCUCAUCCUGGCUCCCAAUGAGUUCAACUUCAAUUUGAACAACUCAUCGGGGUCUCCCUCUGUAGACGACAAGCUCAGUUCUGCUUCACCGUUUAGCCCAACUCCGCUUCAGCCUCUUGCCACACCCACUGCAGAUUGCCCACCUGUUUUUACACCAAACAGUAUUCAUCCUGGAGGGGUGCAUUUUCCCAGACUGGCCAGCCCUCCUCCACCCCCUCCAUUGUCUGCCCGGUUUCAGCUGCCCCUGUUGCUGCCUCAGUCAGGCCGAGUGAACAACGGAUCAACCCAAUCUCAGUCCAGUCCUUCUGAUCACUUCCCACCCUCGUAUUCAAACAGAUCCCAGCAGGAUUUGGCACCAAUCUCUAGAAAUCAGCCCAGCACCAAAGAGGACGCUUCCUGGAGGAGACAUAUGAGUCCAGAGAUAGGAAUGGAGAUGGACCCUCUGGUAGAGCUCUCACCCUCCUCGGUGCCAGAUGGAGAGGACCAGACCGUUUCCGCAGGAAAGUCCUUCUCUGUCCAGGACCUCAUCGGGAUUCCAGAGGUUGACGGACAUCACAGCCUCUCUGGCAGCAGCAGCCAGGACUCAUUGGCUGCAGAGAGUGAGGUAGGAGGAGGUGGCUGGGCUGAGGCGGAGCUCUUCAUCGCAGAUGGAGACCUGGAGAACUCUGUGCAGAAUCGGUCCCCAGGCUUUGGCUUCCUGGCACAACCUGCGGCCAAUUCCAAUUUCUCCUCUGACCUUUUGAGGACAGGGACAGCAACGAGGGACAGCCUCGGCAUGGCGCCCAAAUUGGGUGCUACAAAGCCUUUCAUUAUGCCACACGUUCGGCUAAAACAAUAAGUCACAGAAAUGAUGAACUCUUAUUAGACUUCUUGAAGAACGUGAAGCUUGCUUAAAAGCUUUGUCUUAUUUUUAAGUAUUUUUAUUUUAGAUGCCAGAAAUGGGAGGUCAGAAAAGCAAGAAUGGAGUUUUGGGGUAUUGUUUUUAUUUUUAAAAUUUGUUUCAAUUUUAGAUUUAAUUUUAUAUACUGUUAAGUACUGAUUUAUUUAGGACAAAGAAAAAAGUUUCAUACCGUGAACUUACAUGAGGAUUUUUGAGUUGCAUGUACAGUAGUGUGCUUUUUUUAAGCACCGAAUUUUCGGGUUAGCCUAAAAGGGGGAAAUCCGCAAUAUAAUGAAAAGGCGUUUUCUUACGUGUUAUUCCUUCGUUUAGUUGAUAGCAGAGUGAAAUUGACCAUUUCUGUUCAUUUCCAUUUGGGUCAUGUUACAUUUCGCAUGUCACAAGGAAAAAAAAAAAAAAAACUUGCAUGUGGAGACAGAUAGGACUGGAAAUGUGCUUUAUAUGUGAAUGUUUUAUUGAUUGGCUCCUUCAUGUACAUGGGUCAAAUCAGGGUUGUGUUCUCAAGUCAAUCGGUUCACUCACUUAGUCUCAGACUGGCUGUUUUGGUCCACACCUAAGUGCGAUUGCUGUGUUCACACUUGCCUAAACAAACCACUUGGGGAAAAAGUGCCAUGACAAACUUAAAACUUAAUAGCAAUUGCAUGUCUCCAUUAAAAGAAUGUCAAUAAAACAGGCAACUGGAAAGGUAGGAUUAUGAACAAGUUGGCUUGACAAUGCCCUUUGAUCAUUUUAGAUGCUAAUCGUUUUUAAAGAAAAGGCACUGAAGACAAAAGGGAGAGUUAUGAGUAGGGGCAGCUUUAGAGGAAGUGUCAAGUAGCCAUCGAGGCUAUAAAACUAAUUGCUAUAAACAGCCAGGUUUGAUAACCCAUAGUUGGUCGCUGGAUUGUGGGAAUUUUCAGGAUGUUUGUGUGAAUGAAGCCAAUACAUUUUAGGAAUAAAUAUAUGACAUCCUUUCCGGCAGCAGAAGAAACCAGGACUCUAGAUGCAUUGCAAAGCCAAGAUUAAUGUUUCGGAGGUUUUUCUAAAGGGGUUUAUAUAAUAAAAUCUCACAAAGACACCUCCCAAGCUUUGCUCAAAUCUAACAAAUCCAAAUAAAACUGCACAGUGAAGCUGUAUAAAUAAAAUAAAAGCUUGGCAUCAAUGGAAAACAGCAACAUGAUAAAUGCUAGCGAGGUGGAAUGAAGGCGCUGUUGGCUAUUCAUGCCGUUAACGAGUCUUUUUUUGUUGUCGCUUCUUCGUUUUAAUGUGGCACAGUGCUGAGAAAGCGGUGUACGCAGAGAGACUGGAAUAAACUCCAAAUCUAAUGAGCUUGUGUUGAUUCAUGAAGGAAGAAGAUCGUUCUUUCAAUGCAGUGCGCGUUAAUCCAUGUUAAACAGACAAUACUGUUUUGUGCCUCAGUAGUAUUUAAUCAUAUUUAUUACUAUUUAUUCUUUUAUACUUACAUGGCUACUUUUUCUGAGAUUUGAAUGAGCCACACACACACACACACAUCCUCAGUAAGACCAUCAUACUAAUGGCUUGGUUCCCCCUCUUUUUGCCUCCCCAUGAAAAGAAAUCCUAGAUCCUCCCCUGAGUAUAAAAUUAACAGUAAUGCUUUAAAAACAAUAAAAAACGCGAUAAUAAAUUCCAUGUUAUUUGUUAUAUUCUAAGAGAAACAGACACAUAUCCUAAAACAUAUAGUAUACUAUAUUUAUAGAUACUAUAUUCUGGUUUUGUCAAGCCAACUUUUUUUUUCUUUAAAAAAAUAUAAAUGUUUUUUUUUUGUACAUCUUUUAAAUGUUACAUUACAUGUGAAAUAUUUUAUUUUUCUUUCGAUAUAAUAAUAAGUCCCGGACAUAUCUAAGGACAUAACUUUGCUGUUGAACACAGUACAGUUUUGAAUAAAAAAAAAAAUAGAAGAUAAAUAAAACAUUGAGCUGA